AUGCUGACCGAGAAGUACAGGGACGACCACAUCCUGGCCAACAGAAAGGCGGGGUACGCCGCUGCCAAGAAGCUGGCCAAGAGCGAGGCGCUGCCCGACAAGGGGAAGCGCCCGGACGACCGCGACCCGCAGGCCAGUAUCGUGGAUGACACGCUGAGCGCAAAACAGCUGGUGAUGCUGAUGCUCGUGAUGCUGGGCUCCGCUGUCGCGACGGCCGCCCGGGAGAUGUUGAUGGCCCUGUGGAUGGCCAUGACCAACACGCGCGGCGACGGCGCCCGCCUGGUGUUCUUAGCUGACCUCCUCGCAACCGUCUGCAUCAGCGCCAUUGGUGGCAGCGAUGGGACCGCGGACCCUGCCGUCAGCGCUCUCGUGCCCAAGGUGCUGGCGUACCUUGCUCAGGUGGUGGUGCAGGACGCGUGCGAGCUGCUCAGCAGCGAGGAGACGGACGUGCGGGCGGCCGCCGAGGGGAAUCCCAUCCACAGGUUCCUGCUGGAGCACCAGGGGUUCAGGCACGUGCUGAUGCAGCGGCAGCAAAUUUUCAAGGCUGGCGCAUACGACCACCUGCGGCCCGUGAGCACCCGCGAGCACGUCCAGCAGCUGCGCACAGAGCUGGCUGGCAUGUGGACUAUGAUCGAGCAGCAGCAGAUGCAGCAGCAGCUACAACAGCAGCAGCUAGUGAACCAGCUGCAGUAG